CGAGCCUGCCGGGAGCUCGGUGCGUAAUGGCGACGCCGAGCCUGCGGGGUCGACUCGCGCGGCUGGGAAACCCGCGGAAGCCUAUAUUGAAGCCCAACAAGCCGCUCAUCCUAGCUAAUCGUGUCGGGGAACGUCGCCGGGAGAAGGGCGAGGCGACUUGUAUCACAGAAAUGUCGGUGAUGAUGGCAUGUUGGAAGCAGAAUGAAUUCCGCGACGAAGCGUGCAGAAAAGAGAUCCAGGAAUUCUUCGAUUGUGCUUCGAGGGCUGAGGCAGCGCGAAAGAUGAGAUCAAUCCAGGACACGUUGGGAGAAUCUGGGGUUUUACCCCCUAAAAAACUGAAUAAAUUGUUACAGAGGUUUCCUAACAAAUCUCAUGUCAGUUGAAAAUGGAGAAGCAUUUUCUAUGAGUAGAGUGUUAGGUACUGAGAACUAUGCAGAGGUGUUUUGGAUACGUUUGCACCGCCAUGCUCUAUUUGGAGGGUGAAAGGAGGCAGGACAUCUUUUUCACCCUUUGGAGUCAUUGUCAUGGUGGAAGUUACACUUUAUUUUGAAAUAAAAUCCUCUGAAGAUAACUUG